ACCCGAAAAACUCGAUCUAACCCGAAAAAUCCGAUCCGAUAUGAACCGAUAUAAAAGAUUCCCCAUGGACCGCAAUUUACUCACCCAUCACAUUCACAUCAAAGAUCAUCAAGAGUGAGUAUCUGUAUAAAAGAUCGUCAGUGGACCGCAAUUUACUCGCCCAUCACUUCUCUCACUCAUUGGUCACUGCUAGUGGUGUGUGGUGUUGUUGUUGUGGGACUCCAAUUUCCGCAUUCUUCAGCGCCGCCCCCUCAUCCGCUUCUUGCUCCGAGUUACUGAGUGAGUUAGCGAGUUGAUUGAGUGAGUGAGUGAGUGAGUGAGUGAGUGAUUGGGUCAAACAAUAUCUCUCUUAUUUUCGAAUUGAGGGGUAUAAAUGGGGGCUGACCCAAAUUCAAAUCAAAAUGGAAACGAUGUUGUAGUUGCUGCUAAUUUCAAGGAGGAAGAGAAAGCUCCAUUGGUGUUGGGUCUUCAACCCUCUGCCCUUGUUGAUCAUGUGGCAAGGGUUAAUUGGUCUUUGCUUGAUCAAAUUCCUGGUGAAAGGGGUGGCUCUAUUCCGGUUGCAUUGGAGGAUGUAGAACACAUACUUGCCGAGGUAAAAACCCAUAUAACCCCAACCCAAGAUGACUUGCCUCCUAUAAAGACGCUCGGUGGAGGUAGUGUAGCAAACACAAUUCGAGGUUUGUCUGCGUGCUUUGAUGUGACUUCUGGUCUCGUUGGUGCUUGUGGUGAUGAUGAGCAAGGGCAGUUGUUUAUGCAUAACAUGAGCUCGAAAGAUGUCGAUCUGUCUAGAAUGAGAACAAAGAAGGGAGCCACUGCCCAAUGCGUCUGCUUGGUUGAUGCAGUUGGAAAUCGCACGAUGCGACCUUCCCUUGCGCAGGCCGUUAGACUUAAGGCAGAAGAGUUGAUUGAAGAUAACUUCAGGGGCUCCAAGUGGUUGGUAAUGAGGUUUGCAGCGAUCAAUUUGGAACUUAUACAUGCUGCUGUUAGGAUUGCCAAACGGGAUGGACUUCUUGUCUCCUUGGACUUGGCCAGUUUUGAGAUGGUGCGAAGCCAUAAGUCAGCUUUGGUAGAACUUCUCGAGUCUGGAGAUAUUGAUCUUUGCUUUGCCAAUGAAGAUGAAGCUAUGGAGGUUGUGAGGGGAAAACACGACACAAGUCCUGAAGCUGCUCUUGAUUAUCUAGCCACACAUUGCCGAUGGGCUGUUGUGACGCUUGGCUCCAAGGGUUGCAUUGCGAAGCAUGAGAAGGAGGUCUGUUGGGUCUACUCAGAUGGAAUGACAGUGAAGCUUCCGGCGAUAUGGGAAGCACGGCCAUGCGAUGCCACGGGAGCAGGCGAUCUCUUUGCCAGCGGAUUCCUAUACGGUUUGAUAAAGGGUUUGUCCAUUGAAGAUUGCUGUAGAGUUGGAUCUUGUAGUGGCGGUUCUGUAAUUCGUUCACUUGGGGGUGAUGUAACUCCAGACAACCGUAAUUGGAUGUAUAAGCAGAUGCAGAUCAAGGAUCUUCCUCUUCCCAAACUCGAUGUUGCUUGUUGUUAGUUAGGAAGAGUUGACUGGUUAAAGCGCAGCUUUUGUUUACACGCGGAGAGGUAUUGGACUGCGAGUUCUUGUAGAUCGCCAUCUUAAGCAAGUUAUACAUCUUCUUAUGUUUGCUUUUAGAUUUGCUAUUAUUUAGGGUAACUUAAUUUGUGAUGUGCUAUGGAGUUCAAGAGUCAUUGUAAACAUUAUUCCUUUAGAAGCUGAAAAAAUGGUUCACCCAUUAAUAAAAAUAAGCAAAAUUUCUCAUUA